AUGUCUUUCACUCAAAACCGUCAAAAACCACAAUCAUUUCGGAUCCAACCACACUCUUCUGUCGCUGUCAACCCUGCUUCAGCUUCUGCCGAUGUUUUUACUGAGUCCUCUUCCAAAUUAUCACCUUUCCGUUCUUCACAAGGAAUGAAUCAUAGGUACUCUAAUGACACUGGGGCUACCACUCCUCAGAACAAAUUCAAAGGACGUCCUAUCAAAAUUGCUCGGAAAACCAGACACUUUGAAGAUAACACUGAAGAAGCAGAUGCCGAAUAUUACCCAAAUUCUUUAAAGAUAUUAUUUUCCAAUGACGCAAACUUUAACAACCCUAAUACUACUACUAAUUCCAACAAUGUUUGCAAUAGAAUAAUCCAAACUACUGCUUCUAAGAAAAAGUCACUUGAUAAAGUAUAUGAUCCUUCUUCACUGAACACAGAUACUUCAAAUUUAAAUUCAAAUUCAACUACAAAAGUCUUUGAAAAUAAACAAGAAAAUGGUUACCUUAAAAGAAAACGAGGGUUUUCUGAAACAAAAGAUAUUAGGACUGGAUUAAAUCACGGAUCUAAUACUUCAGCAUCAUCAAGCAAAAAUACAACAGCUGUUUCCAACUCUCUUGUAUCUACUACAGCUAACCAUGUUGAUUUAUUUCCAAGCACUGAAACGUUCCAAAAUUCAACUACUGAUAAGAAAACAAGUCCCUUAAUAAACCAGCUUCCAACUCAACCUGUUAUUAGUUCUCAACCAAAAUCUACAAAUUUGGAUCAGCAAACACUUUCAAAAUUUAAAUUAUUAGAAAAGGAAAUAAAGAAUACCAAACUCCAGUCUAAACCUCUGCAAAAAACUCCUCGCUCAUCAACUUCGUCUUCAUCACAGCAAGGUUUAAAAAAACCAAAAUCUAAUAACUUAACUGAUGAACAGCCUGAUGUUUAUGUUUUUCUUGAAAAAGCAGGUGAGCAGGAGAACAAAGAAGAGAUUCAAAGCUUAUAUCAGUCUUUGCCUGUUUUAAAAGGAAAUUAUCUCGUCAUAAAAAAAGUUGGUGAGGGAGCUUUCAGUAGCGUCUAUAAAGCCAUUGAUCUAAAACAUGGCAAGUUCAAAAACUUUUGGGAUAAUGGCUAUGCAGAAUCCGUAUAUUUGAAACAACGCAUACAAGAUCGUAACAAGUUUAGGGAAACUGCAUUAGAGUGUUAUAAGAAGCAUGAGUUACCUCCAAUAGCUCCUUUUAAAUAUGUUGCCAUAAAAAGAAUUCACGUUACGGCGCAUCCUCGUCGUAUAUCAGUGGAAUUAUCACUUCUUGCUAAACUGGCCGGGUCCCCCAAUUUACUCCCUCUCAUUACAGCCUUUCGUCAUGAAGACCAGGUUGCUGCAAUCAUUCCAUACUUUGAGCACAAUGAUUUUCGAGAAUAUUAUGAUAGGCUUACACUCUCUGAAAUCAAGAUUUACUUCAAGCAAUUAUUCAAUGCUUUAGCGUUUAUUCAUGACCAAAACAUUAUUCACAGAGACGUCAAAAGCCAAAAUUUUCUAUAUAAUCUUAAAACCCACAGAGGUGUUUUGGUCGACUUUGGUUUAGCUGAGCCGGGACCUAAUCCCAAAAAAUUAAAGUGUGACUGCAGAAAUGGUGGGAUUGCUAGCCAAUACCCUGAUCUUGAUCCCAACCAUCACCACUCCCAUUCUAGCAUACCUACUACUACAUCUUCAUCUCUUUCAACAUCAACACGUUCAUUUCAUAACACAUACCAAUAUUCUCGUGGAUUAUCAAUGAGCUCUGCUUCUUCAAUUGCAGCGGCUGCCACCGCAGCUGCUUCUGCAGCUGCAGCCGCAUCAGCCGCAAAUGCUAAAUCUGGUACUUCUUCAAUUUCAAUCCAAGGCGGCAAACCAAAAAAUGACCAGCGUCCUGCUCGCAGGUACAAUAGAGCUGGAACUCGAGGAUUUCGUGCCCCUGAAGUUUUGUUUGGAUGUCCUGAUCAAACUACUAGUAUCGAUAUAUGGAGUGCUGGCAUUAUGCUUCUUGCAUUUUUAACGAAGCGAUGCAUGUUUUUUCAAGCUAAGGAUGACUCUCGAGCCCUCAUCGAAAUGGCCACUAUUUUUGGUCGCAAGAAGAUGCAGACAUGUGCGUUGCUUCAUGGUGUUGUUUACGAAACCAACAUUCAGACAAUUCCAGAAGACGGCUAUCCUCUAACGUCCCUUAUUUAUUGGUGUCUUGCUGCUCACUACCACGAGAUAAACCGCAGAAAUAAAGCAUAUGGCAAGACAGUUGAGCUCACUUGCGAAUUUACUGACGAAAAUGUUCCUAAAAAAAGGAAGAAAGAGGACUCUGAUAAGACUGGUUCUAAAUCAAAGUCUAAUACUAAUUCUAUUAUUGGACCGUUAAGUUCCGAGACUCUCAAAGCUAUUGACUUUCUCCAGCUUUGUUUGGAGUUGGAUUUCCGGAAGCGUAUCACGGCUACUCAAGCUCUUUCACACCCAUUUCUCAAGAACACACAUCUUGAUAUACCUAUUUUUGGUCACCUAGAAGAGAUGCAAAAUAUUAUUGAACAACCGGACAAUUUCAGCGAUGUUCUGUAUUAUGGAGUUGAUCCAAGUGACACUGAGCCUUACAUUGCUGGAGAGGAGGAUGCUAUUGAGCAAGCUCUUGGCCAGCUUGAAGCCAAUAACUUAAAGAAAAUGAGCGGUAAAAUAGAAGCUUCAUUUUCUGAAGAUCCAAAUGUUGUUGAUAUUUCUGCAAUUCAUCGGAUGGCCCAGAACAUAAAUUACUGCGAUAUACCCGAAAAUACAGUGUUUGGCUUGAAUCCAGAAAUACAAUCUUCAAAUAUUCAGCAUGAUGAAAUUGUGCAGGCUAAUAACGGAAAUAAAGAAGUGUAUGAGGAAGAAGAUGUCAAGAGAAAGGAGGAUGAGCAAAUGGAAGAAGGGGACGAAGAGGGUGAAGAAGAAUACGAAGAAGAGGACGGUGCUGACGAACAAAAUGUUCAUAACAAAGUCGUUGGCGACCUUGAGCCAGAAAACGAUGAGGCAACUAGCAUUUCAUACGCCAAUGUUUCUGGUAUGUCCCUUGAAAAUCCUCCUUCUUUAACCCGCCAGUCAAAACAGUAUAGACAAUCUAAUCUCGGUCCCUGA